AUGGGAGGGCACCCCGUGGCUGGCAUGGGCCCGACGAACACGUGUCCCGGCGGAAGAGGCGGUACCCUCCAGAUUGACGUGAACCCGACCUCACUACCCUUCCGGGACACCAAAACGUUCAUCGCUGGGUCACUGCACCAAAACGUGGACGUGUUGAUGAACAUGUACUCCCUCCACAUGGACCCCGUCUACUGGCCUGACCCGGACCGGUUUGACCCCGAAAGGUUUCUGGACGCGGAAGGGAACGUCAUCAACAAGCCCGAGUCCUUCAUGCCUUUUGGAGGAGGCCGCCGUGUGUGUCUUGGUGAGCAGCUGGCCAGGAUGGAACUUUUCCUGUUCUUCUCGACCCUGCUGCAGUCCUUCACCUUUAAGACGCCAGAGGGCGCUCCAGCUCCUUGCGCCGAUGGCAUCUUUCGUAUGACGUUGACCCCGCAUCCAUUUGAACUCUGUGCGAUUCCGCGUUAGUUUAUGCUAAAUAAUCCACCAAGGACCUUCUCACACUGUUGCCUUAUGUUGUGCCUUUCUUGCUUGCUGACUGUCCAAAAGAGUUCAAUACAUCCCACCCGAUAAAUCCAAUAACUCUUACUGUUGACAAAUAGGUAAAUAUGUCAAAGUAUGUUUGGACGUUAUAACUAGUAGUUUAAACGAUAUGUUAAACUCAACAUGUUGAUGUUUUUCACCCUUUUUACUCUCUACAUUUGUAUCCACUUGAUUGUAUGUAUGUUAACAUGUAGAAGACCUUAUAUCGCUGCACCUAUGUUGUGUCAAUACAGAUUAUGUAUGUAAAUGAGAUGAAACUAAGACAACCUUCUAUGAAUUUAACUAGAAUGAUUUCGCAGCCAAAGAUAAACACAGACAUUUUCAAACUGUCAUAUGCAUGUCCCGACUUGAUAUAUAGGCCAAUAAAUACGUAGCGCUUUGCAAAAGAGAGAACGUAUUGUAACAUAUUGAAACGCUGGACUUGUACAUGUCAAUACGCCUUCUACGUCCAUCUUCCUGUAGUCAAAGACUUUACAAUAGACCAUCAUUAGACUUUAGAAUAAACUAUUA